GGAACGCAGAAACGCUGGCGUUGAGACACGUCAGCCGAAACUGGCGGAACUAUUUGAGUGAUGCACACGGACCAGAACCACUUCCGCGUUCGGAAAGACUGAACACAAACUGGGUCCAUCUCUGAAACAGCUGCUUUGAUGCCCAGUGAGCAGAAAUGGAGCUUCCUGAGUCCAUAACCCAUAUGAAUGGGCGACAGAGGAAGUCUGCGGUAAUUACUUCGCACACGGCUGACCAGGAGAUGGUGGACGAGGAAGAGGCGCUCGUUCAGGACUCGGACAGCGAGGAUGGAUGUCCUAUCGCGCGUGGUGGAAUCCAAGGAGAGCUGGGUAGCGUGUGUCUGCUCCUCUUUCUCUACAUCCUCCAGGGGAUUCCUUUAGGACUGGCUGGAAGCAUUCCUCUCAUCAUGCAAAGUAAAAAUGUUAGCUAUAAAGACCAGGCCUACUUCAGCUUCGUCUUCUGGCCUUUCAGUCUGAAGCUGCUCUGGGCUCCGCUGGUGGACUCGGUCUACGUGAAGCGCUUUGGACGCAGGAAGUCGUGGCUCGUUCCCACUCAGUACCUGCUCGGGUUCUUCAUGCUGGGACUGUCGUUCACUGUGAAUUCUCUCCUGCACACGGACGGACCGGGAGGCCCAGACGUGCUCACCCUCACCACCGUCUUCUUCAUGCUGGCUUUUCUAGCGGCCACGCAGGACAUCGCGGUCGACGGCUGGGCCCUCACCAUGCUGUCCAAGGAGAACGUGGGAUACGCUUCCACUUGUAACUCCGUAGGCCAGACGGCCGGGUACUUCCUGGGGAACGUGCUGUUUCUGGCUCUGGAGUCGGCCGAUUUCUGCAACAAGUACCUGAGGUUUGAGCCACAGGAUCAGGGCAUCGUCACACUGUCGGACUUCCUGUUUUUCUGGGGGAUCGUAUUUAUUGUGUCCACCACCCUGGUGGCCCUUCUGAAGUCGGAGAACAGCAGACAGCAGCGCUCCAGGCGGAGACGGAAAGAGGAGACGCAGGGGGUAAUGGAGACGUACAAGCUCCUGUUCUCCAUCAUCAAGCUGCCUGCGGUCUUCACUUUCUGCUGCCUGCUGCUCACAUCAAAGAUGGGGUUUUCAGCAGCAGACGCAGUGACUGGGCUGAAGCUGGUAGAAGCUGGAGUGCCAAAAGCUGAGCUGGCUCUGCUGGCUGUUCCCAUGGUUCCUCUGCAGAUCCUGCUACCGCUCAUCAUCAGUAAAUACACAGCCGGGCCUCGACCGCUCGACAUCUUCUAUAAAGCCUUUCCUUUCAGGUUGCUGAUUGGUCUGGAGUACGCGCUCCUGGUGUGGUGGACCCCUAGUGUGAAGCAAGAGGACGGAUUUCCUGUGUAUUACUACGCUGUGGUGCUGCUCAGCUACGCUCUACACCAGGUGGCGCUGUACAGCAUGUUUGUGGCCUGCAUGGCGUUCCACGCUAAAGUGAGCGACCCGCUGAUAGGAGGCACGUACAUGACCCUGCUGAACACGGUAUCCAACCUGGGGGCGAACUGGCCCUCAACGCUGGCCCUGUGGCUGGUCGACCCGCUCACGUCGAAACAGUGCGAGGGGGCUGCGGGGCAGACGUGCGGCUCGGCUGAAGAGGCAGGGCUGUGUGCGAAAGAAGGCGGCGUGUGUGUGACGGCUCUGGACGGUUACUACGUGGAGUCGUUCGUGUGCGUGCUGAUCGGACUGGCCUGGUGGAUUUUCUUCGGCAAGAAAAUGAAGCGUUUACAGGAAGAGAGUCCGUCAGCUUGGCAAUGCCGGAUACGCAAGUAACGCAGUCGUACACGGACUCCGAACACACGCUAAUAACGGACCAAUAGGAGCGCAGUUAGAGCUCAUAUUCAUUCGCACAACUCUGAUUGGCUCCUGCUGAAUUUAUCUCUUGUUAAUGUUAGAAUUAUUAUUAUUAUUAUUAUUAUUUUUUGGUUUGUUUUAAAUGAAGUCCUCCGAGCGAGGAUAUUUUUCUCUCCUGCUCGACACUCGUUGGCGGAUUUUCAGACUUUUGGUCGAGCUGCUUUCGAACUGAAGAGAGAGGGAAAAAAAAAAACGAACCCUGUGGAUUAAAUCGGUGCAAUUUUCUGUACUCGGAUCUCCACUGUGGCCUCUUGCUCUGUUACUCCACAUAAAAUAAACCACGGGGUUAACAAGGGACAAAGUGCGCUCCCUUAAAUCUCCUCCUUCAUUUCGCAAUCCACUGCAGGUCGUCGUGCCUUGUGUGUUUGUUUGUUUUUUGUUUUUUUUGUUGCUUUUCCUCGCCUUUAAAAUGAGAGAUCCAGUUGCAAUCCCGAAUACUGUGUUUAAUCGGUAGAGAACAUCUGAAAAAAUGUUCACCCUCACAUAUCUAUCAUAGAUACUAUAAUCUCAAUUGUGUUUCAUUUUGUUGUUUAAUCGAUCUUGCCCUAAAUGGGGGGCGGGGCGGGGCGGGGGAGGUGGGGGGGGUGAAGAAGAUGAAAAAAAGCUGAUAACGAGGCGGUAUUUCCUGUACACCAGCAUCACAACACUGCGAUGAAGAGAAAUUGAUUUGGUCUUGUUUAAUAACAGGAUUGUGAUCACUUCCUCACAUCUGGAUUUGGAAUCACGGUUUUAUUUUUAAUAUUACGAUUCGUUCGGAUGGAAAAUAAUUAUUUGACCCCCAUCCUACAUCCAGAUUUGUUUAUGUAAUUAUUAUAAUAUAAUGGUUAUAAUAUUAUUAUUAUUAUUAUUUUUUUUUUUUGAAUAAAGUGUUAAUUCAUUGCAAUUAAUUAUCAAUGAUUCAUACGAUUACAUAUGAUUAAAAGAAAAUGAUUGUAUUUUAUUUUACAGUUAGAGUGAUCACGUACUAUAAUCGUACCCUGUCCAGGAGGAAGACGGGAAAAGAAACAUCCCUGCUUUUUAUUUAUUUUUUUUAGUUUUUAUCAGAACUCCCUUUUUAAUAAAAGAAAACUCUACUGAAGAUGCUAACUUUUUCCGAUGAAGCUGAAUUUAAAAGUCGUUUCCUGUUCUCCGAAUCAGCUGGUUAACUGUUAGCUGUUUAACGUGAUGGCGCAGGGCCACGAGAAUUCGGAUAUGACCCGAGCGUGAAGUACUGAGCCUGAUGCAGGCUUUUAUCUCAUUCCUGUUUUCUUCCAGCUGUUUCUUAUCCCAAUGUUAAAGGUCAUUUGAAAGCAUCUGACCGAAUUCGACAUGCCUGUGUUCGGCUGAAAGAGAUGUCUCUGUGAUGUUGUUCGUUUGUUCGUUGAAACGGAGUCACCAGCACUUUUUGAAGAAUCGACACCGUGUAAUGGUGUAACAUUAAAUAAUCAACUUGACACUGGAUUGACACUAGAUUGUUUGUUUUUUCUUUAUUUGGAUUUUCAUUAUACUUUUUUAUUAUUUUUUUUAAUUUAAUUUAAUUUUUUGCUCAAAGUGAGCUGGAAUUGUUUUUGCAGGAGAACCACAGUUACAAUGUGACUGAUGAAAACUGUAAAAUAUUUUAACAUGAACACAGUUCUGAGGGCGUGCGUGCGUGCGUGCGCGUGUGUGUGUGUGUUUUGUUUUUUUUUUUUUUUUUUUUUUUUUCUUUUCCCCUCUCCAGCUGCAUUCCCAAAGUGUCUAAAUAUUUAAAAAUUCUGAUGUGUAUUUGUUGUGUAAUUAAAAACAAUUUAAAACCUU